AUGGACGAAGUUGUACCUGAAAUUAAAAUUGAUUAUAGAAAAAAUAAUUCUGUAACAAAAGAGGAAGCUUGCUUAAAAAUUAUUGAAGGCUCACCUCGAAAUCAAUACCUUUUCCUCCCCGAAGGUGAAAUAUUU